AUGACUGCUGUCUUUCUGAUGUCCAUGCUUUUUGGCCUUGCAUGUGGGCAAGCGAUGUCUUUUUGUAUUCCAACUGAGUAUACAAUGCACAUCGAAAGGAGAGAGUGUGCUUAUUGCCUAACCAUCAACACCACCAUCUGUGCUGGAUAUUGUAUGACACGGGAUAUCAAUGGCAAACUGUUUCUUCCCAAAAAUACUCUGUCCCAGGAUGUUUGCACAUAUAGCGACUUCGUCUACAGGACUGUAGAAAUACCAGGAUGCCCACUCCAUGUUGCUCCCUAUUUUUCCUAUCCUGUUGCUUUAAGCUGUAAGUGUGGCAAGUGCAAUACUGACUAUAGUGACUGUAUACAUGAGGCCAUCAAGACAAACUACUGUACCAAACCUCAGAAGUCUUAUCUGGUAGGAUUUUCUGUCUAA